CUCAAAAGGAAGCAGCAACAAUGGCAACUAAGCGUGGACGUGGCGGUGCCUCUGGCAACAAGUUCCGUAUGACCCUGGGUCUCCCCGUGGGCGCCGUGAUGAACUGCGCCGACAACUCGGGCGCCAAGAACCUGUACAUCAUCGCGGUGUGCGGCAUCAAGGGCCGCCUGAACCGUCUGCCCGCCGCCGGUGUGGGCGACAUGGUGCUGGCCACCGUGAAGAAGGGUAAGCCGGACCUCCGUAAGAAGGUCAUGCCCGCCGUGGUCAUCCGUCAGCGCAAGGCCUGGCGCCGCAAGGACGGCGUGUUCCUCUACUUCGAGGACAACGCCGGUGUCAUCGUCAACCCCAAGGGUGAGAUGAAGGGUUCGGCCAUCACGGGCCCCGUGGGCAAGGAGUGCGCCGACCUGUGGCCGCGUAUCGCCUCGAACGCCGGCUCCAUUGUCUAAGUGCUGCAAGCGCGAGAGAUCAAGUCAAGUUAGGUGAAAAAAGGGUCCGAAGCGAGAGGGAGUUUGGGUCGUACCCACGUUUGGGUCUUUUUCAAGGUCUCAAAUACAGGGCUGCCGGCAACUUGAGCCCCAUUUUGCGGAAAGAAACCACCCAGCCUUUCAACUACUUUAUCUUCUUCGGCGGAGAAUCGACAUCGAAAUGACAAUUGAAUUGUUGUUGUUGCCAUUGUAUU